CUGUAUUUAAUUCCUGCCUCCCUAGAUUGUGUAAAAAAACCUAAAAGGGUUCUUGUAAGAACCAAUAGCCGCCGCCGCUGGAUUUGAUCUCAACCGUUAACUCUCUCUCUAUACUUCAAGCUUCCCUUCCCCCUCUCCGUUGAUUUCUGCUUCAAAAACAAAGUUUCCUCCUUUCAUAGCUAUGUUGCUUUAUUUUUAUUUCCUUUUUUUUAUUGGAAAACAUGGUGCUAUUAUCUGUUUCUUGUUGGUUCAUUUCAUAAUAGCUAAAGUUGAAGAAAAUCUAAGUUUGGGUGCUUUUAACUAUUUUUCCCUAGCUCUGAUAAUUUUAGGGGUAUGGGUUUUUGCUGUUUGUGAAUUAGGGGUGAUCAAAGUAUUAACCUUUGUCCCGUUUGGUAGCUUAAAGUUAGCAUCUUUGGAGUUUGUAAAUAUGGGAUUUUGGUGUAUUAGUGUAGAAAAGAUUUAGUAUUUCGGGUUCAGUAUCCGAUCGUUGAUUUUGGGUUGUGAUCAUUUUUGGGAGUUUUGAUAAAAGCUUAACGAUCAUUUAGGAUUUUAAGAAUGUUAUCUGAAUUGGGUAGGAGACCAAUGAUAGGAACUGGUGAAGGAACAUUUGCCGAUGAUAUGGAGUCGGAGAUGGGACUAUUGCUCCGCGAACAGCGGAGUAAGCAAGAAGCCGAUGAUCUCGAACGAGAGCUAAACUUGUACAGAAGUGGCUCUGCACCUCCUACCGUGGAGGGUUCACUGAGUGCAGUUGGCGGAUUGUUUGGCGGUGGAGCCACUAUUGCUGCUGGUUCUGGAGGUGGUAGUGGGGCUACUGCCUUUUCAGCUCUUGUAGGAUCUAAACAUGGACAUGGUUUUGCAUCCGAGGAAGAGCUAAGGUCUGAUCCAGCUUAUCAUUCAUACUAUUACUCAAAUGUGAAUCUCAACCCGAGGCUCCCACCUCCUUUGCUUUCCAAAGAGGAUUGGAAGUUUGCACAGAGGUUGAAAGGAGGGAGUUCAGUGAUAGGUGGGAUUGGAGAUAGGAGGAAAGUGAAUAGGGCUGAUAAUGGUAGUAGUAGGUCGUUGUUUUCAAUGCCACCAGGGUUUGAUACCAGGAAACAAGAGAAUGAAGUAGAUGCAGAGAAAGUGCAUAGCUCAGCAAACUGGGGUGGUGAGGGACUGAUUGGUUUGUCCGGUGUAGGACUUGGAAGCAAACAGAAAAGCCUUGCUGAAAAUUUUCAGGCUGAUUUGGACUCUGCUCCUGUCUCAAGGAUACCGUCUCGUCCUGCUAGUCGAAAUGCUUUUGAUGAGAACUUUGAGAAUUUAGGUUAUGCUGAAUCUGAUCUGGCUCAUUUGCAGCGUGAAUUGACUUCUGCAGAUACUGUAAGGUCAAGUGUGAGUGUCCAAGGUUCUUCUGCUGUCCAAACUGUUGCUGGACCUUCGUACACUUAUGCUGCUGCAAUAGGCGCUUCCUUGUCCAGGAGUACUACUCCUGAUCACCAACUUGUUGCUAGGGCACCUAGUCCCUGUUUGACACCAAUUGGAGGAGGCAGAGUUGGUAACUUGGAUAAAAGAAACAUGAAUGGUCCAAGCACGUUUGGUGGUGUUACAUCUGGUGUCAACCAGCCUGCAGAUCUGGCAGUUGCUUUGUCAGGCAUGACCCUGUCAUCAAAUGAUGCACCGGCUAAAGAUAAUCAGUUACCAUCCCAGACUGAACAAGAUGCUGAAACUCACCAAAAUUAUUUGUUUGGUUUGCAAGAUGGUCGGAAUUAUAUCAAACAGCAAGAAUACUUGAAGAAGGCUGAAUCUGGUCAUUUAGAUAUGCCUUCGGCUAAGAUUAGCAGGCAAGCGGAGUUGCAAAAAUCUUCUGUCCCCUCAAACAAUUCUUUCUUGAAAGGAUCUCCUACUUCCACUCUCAACGGUGGAGGCAGCUUAACUACUCAGUUUCAGCAUGGUGGUAGUGCAAAUUCAUCAUUUCCAAACUAUGGAUUAAGUGGUUAUUUUUUAAACCCUGGUUUGUCCUCUAUGAUGCCUAGCCAACUUGGAACAGGCAAUCUACCAGGUGCAUCAGCUAUACCAGCCCCUGGAAUGGACUCCAGGGUGUUUGGGGGAGGUUUGGUUUCUGGACAGAACAUUUCAAUUGCUGCAUCCGAGUCACAUAAUCUUGGUAGAGGUGGAGGCCAAAUAGCUAGGAAUGUUCUGCCGGCAUCUUAUGUUGAUCCUAUGUAUCUUCAGUAUUUGAGGACAUCUGAUUAUGCUGCAGCACAGCUUGCAGGUUUUAAUGAUCCUUCUAUGGAUAGGAAUUUUCAUGGUGAUUCCUACAUGAACUUGCUUGAGCUGCAAAAGGCAUAUUUUGGGACUCUGCUAUCACCUCAGAAAUCUCAGUAUGGUGUUCCAUUGGGUGCUAAAUCUGGUAGUUCUAAUCUGCAUGGUUUUCAUGGAAAUUCUACCUUUGGAGCUGGCAUGUCGUAUCCUGGAAGCCCCUUAGCAAAUUCUGUUAUUCCAAACUCUCCAGUUGGACUUGGCAGUCCUAUCAGACACACUGACGUGACUUCUGGGGCGAGGAAUAUUGCUGGGAGCGUCACAGGAUAUGCAGGAUAUAACCUGGCUGAGAGCUCUGCCUCCUCCCUACUUGAAGAGUUUAAGAGCAAUAAAACAAAGUGUUUUGAACUUUUAGAAAUUGCUGGUCAUGUUGUUGAGUUCAGUGCGGAUCAGUAUGGCAGCCGUUUUAUUCAGCAAAAACUUGAAACAGCUACAACUGAAGAGAAAAUCAUGGUUUAUGAGGAAAUCAUGCCUCAAGCUCUUGUUUUGAUGACUGAUGUGUUUGGUAAUUAUGUAAUUCAAAAGUUUUUUGAACAUGGACUUCCAGCUCAGAGAAGAGAACUUGCUUGCAAGCUUUUAGGUCAUGUUUUAACACUCAGUCUUCAAAUGUACGGUUGUCGAGUGAUUCAGAAGGCCAUAGAGGUUGUUGAUCUGGAUCAGAAGAUUAGCAUGGUUCAUGAGCUUGAUGGUAGUGUUAUGCGUUGUGUACGAGACCAGAAUGGCAACCAUGUGAUCCAAAAAUGUAUUGAAUGUGUUCCCGAGGAAAACAUACAAUUUAUAGUCACAACAUUUUUUGAUCAAGUUGUGACGCUUUCCGCUCAUCCAUAUGGGUGCCGAGUUAUACAGAGAAUAUUGGAGCACUGCAAGGACCCAAAAACUCAAAGUAAGGUUAUGGAUGAGAUUUUAGGAUCUGUUAGUCUGUUGGCCCAAGAUCAAUAUGGCAAUUAUGUCAUCCAGCAUGUACUGGAGCAUGGAAAACCUCAUGAGCGCUCAAUCAUAAUUAAGGAGCUAGCUGGGAAGAUUGUCCAGAUGAGUCGGCAGAAGUUCGCAUCGAAUGUUGUCGAAAAGUGCUUAACUUUUGGUGGUUCUGCUGAACGACAGCUAUUGGUGAAUGAAAUGCUUGGUUCUACUGAUGAGAAUGAACCUCUUCAGGCAAUGAUGAAAGACCAGUUUGCAAACUACGUUGUACAGAAAGUGCUAGAGACUUGUGAUGACCAGCAACGAGAGCUGAUACUUUCUCGAAUUAAGGUCCAUUUAAACGCAUUGAAGAAGUACACUUAUGGGAAGCAUAUUGUUGCACGGGUGGAGAAACUUGUUGCCGCUGGAGAGAGGAGAAUUGCUGCUCAGUCUCUGCACCCGUCUUAAGUUGAAGUCGGUGUAGGGAAAGAAACAUGUUUUUGUACAGCUAACAGGAUCUACGUGAAGCUUUCACAUGUACUUUCUUCCUCCCCAUAGUAUCUGAGGGCCAUGGUUCUUCUGCCUAUCUUCUUAGACAAUUAAAAACUGUAGGAAAAUAAUGUUGCUUAGCUUGUAUCGAAAAAUCUGUACAUUGUGUAGCUCUUAAGGCUUAUUAUACAUAGAAAUCGAGCAAAAGCUGAGAGUUUCAGUUUUUGGAAUACAACUGAUAAUGCCCCUGCCAGAGGAGAUGAACGAUUUUAUACAAGUUUCUUCAAGGUGUAAACAUUUUCUAAAAUGGUAAUGUAGCUUAUAAUGCGACUGUACAAACAAAUCGCGUCAUGU